GCUGAGGAGGCGUGUGGAGGAGGGCCGGGAGUGUUUUCAGAGGCGUCCACACAUUGUGACGCCUCCUUCGUGGGAAUGAGGAAAAAACAGCGAGAAGCAGGCGAGACGGUGGAGGAUAACGCAAAGUUAUUUAUAUUUUCCGUUCUUAACUUCCUCCCACUUCCUUCCUUCUUCCCGAUCUGUAUGACUGCGUGAAGUCCAAAAGUGGCGUCUUUGUGGGCUUCUGAAGGCGCUGCAUCACUCGACGAAAGCAGAAACCCAACGAUGCAGAGCACAGUUGACUCACCGCAGGUGAUAGAUGUCACAAAAUCCAAGCCAUCGCUCCCCCCCAAGCCUCGACUUUCUGCCAAGCCUUUCUCUACACAGAAAAACACCAUUCGCUCUAUAAAUGCUCCGCGGGCUGUUAAUGUGUCCUCCAAAGACAAGGCUGAAAAACCCGUGGGUAAAACUCCCCCUAAACCCUUGACCAAACAGUCCACAAAACCACCUCAACAAAAGUCCACGACCGUCAAUACAAAGGAUCCCAAAAAACAAAUCAAAGCUGAAACCAAACCUGUUGCAGUCCAGAAAGAAGUUGCCAAAACGAACCACAAGGCAGAGACUCAGGUGAUAACUAACACAAAAUCCAAUGAUGUUGAAAAGAGUGAAGACAAAUCUCCGGCGACCACGAUCCAAAAGCCUGACGAAUCGCCGGACAAUGACUCAUCAAAAACCAAUGAAACAUUUCAGUGGGGCGGAACCAGGAAGCGCUUGUCCAUGGAGCUAACCUCCAAGUUUAACUCUGGUGGUGCGCCUCGACCCGUUGACCGCAGCAGAUCUCUAUCUCUCAACAAAGGAAAAGAAAAUGCAGACCAGCCUAAACCGAACAUGCCAGAGUCAUCCGCCCCAGAAAGUGAUGAGGGCAAAGUGGUGGAAGAAAGCAGCGGAGGUGGCAGCAUCAAACGCCGGAUCAGUCUUCUAUUUGACUCUGCGUCAAAGCCGGAGGUUUCUGUGAAGAGAGUGCAGCCCGAGUUUGUCAAUGAAACGGCUGGUGUCAAGGAGCGAAUCAAAAACUGGACUCAGGAGACCAGCUCAGUGCCAUCAACCGUGCCAACAAUAGAGAAGACUCAGAAAUUGCCAGCUGUUUCCGAAGCGGAGACCACGUCGUUGCCCGACACGACUGAAAAACCUCAGACAGAACAACUGCACACAUCAGAGGAGUCGGAGCAUAAGUCAUUAGCAGAAGACGACGAUGCCGACGAUGCCUCCUCUCCUGAAAUGGAUAGAAGCCGAGAUGCUGCCAAACGUCGUUCUGCUCAAAUCGCUGCGGUUGAGAGUGACGACGGAGAAGCCCCUCUUACCACCGGAUCGAAAGCGGAAAGCAAAUCAAAGGAACAAGCAGCUCUUAAUAGCAAGGACGAGGACAUCAGUGAGGUGGAAGAAAUAAAACAAUUGGAAUCGGAGAAAAGGCGAAAAGCUGAGGAAAGAAAAAAGCAAAGCUGGAUUUUACAGGAGGAGAAGAAUCAAAAAGAAGAGGAGGAGGAGAACAAGAGGAAGAAAGAAGAAGCCAAUCAUAGAGAAAAGGAGAGCAGGGUGGAGGCCGAAAAAGAAAAACUAAGGCUGAAGAAAAAAGAUGAGAGGCAAAGAAGGGAGGAUUCGGAGAAAGAGAGACUGAAGAAAGAAGAGAUCAAAAGAGAGGAAGAGAAAGAAAGAUUGAGGCAAGAAGAGAAGCAGAGAAGGGAUGAAUUGUUGAGAGAAGACGAGGAGAGAAAGCGGGAGGAGGAGGAGAAAGAAAGGUUGAGGCUGAAAAGGGAGGAGGAGAAGCAGAGAAGAGAGGCCCUGGAGAGAGAAAGGAGGGCGGAGGAGUUGGAAAGGACGAAAGUGAAGAAGCUGGAAGAGGAGAAGCGGAGAAGGGAGGAACUGGAGAAAGAGAGCCUGGGAGAAGAGGAGAGAAGAAGGGAAGAGAAAGAAAGAUUGAGGCUAAAGAAGGAAGAAGCGGAGAGACGGGAAAGAGAGGAAGAAGAGAAAGAAAAGCUAAGAGAAGAGGAGCGAAGAAGGGAGGAGAGAGACAGAAUGAGGCUGAAGAGGGAAGAAGAGGAGCGGCAAAGAAAGGAGGAAUUGGAGCAGGAAAAAAUAAGGGAAGAGGAGAAAGCGAGACUGAGGAUGAAGAAGGAAGAAGAGGAGAGGCAAAGAAGGGAGGAAUUGCAGAGGGAAAGAUUGAUGGAAGAGGAGAGAAGAAGGCAAGAGAUAGAAAGAUUGAGGCAGAAGAGAGAAGAAGAGGAGAGGCGGAGAAGGGAGGAACUGGAGAGGGAAAAGCUCCAGGAAGAGGAGAGAAGGAGAGUGGAAAUUGAAAGAAUGAGAGUGAAAAAGUUGGAAGAGGAGAAGCAGAGAAGGGAGGAACUGGAGAAAGAAAGGCUGAGAGAAGAGGAGAGAAGGAGGGAAGAGAUCGAAAGGUUGAGACUGAAGAGAGAAGAGGAGAGACACAGAACGGAAGAAUUGGAGAGGGAACGAACGAAGGAACAGGAGAGAAGAAGGGAAGAGAUAGAAAAAUUGAGGCUAAGGAGGGAAGAAGAGGAGAGACUGAGAAGGGAGGAAUUGGAGAGGGAACGAAUGAAGGAACAGGAGAGAAGAGAAGAGAUAGAAAAAUUGAGGCUAAGGAGGGAAGAAGAGGAGAGACUGAGAAGAGAGGAAUUGGAGAGGGCUCGACUGCGGGAAGAGGAAAGGAGGAGAGAGGAGAAAGAAAGGUUGAGGCUGAAGAGGGAAGAAGAGGAAAGACACCGAAGAGAGGAAUUGGAGAGGGAAAAGCUUCGGGAAGAGGAGAGAAGGAGAGUGGAGAUUGAAAGAAUGAGAGUGAAAAAGUUGGAAGAGGAGAAGCAGAGAAGGGAGGAACUGGAGAAAGAAAGGCUGAGAGAAGAGGAGAGAAGGAGGGAAGAGAUCGAGAGGCUGAAGAGGGAAGAAGAGGAGAGACGGAGAAGGGAGGAAUUGGAGAGGGAAAGGCUAAGGGAGGAAGAGAAAAGGAGGGAGGAGAUCGAAAGAUUGAGAGUCAGCAUGGAAGAAGAGGAGAGGCUGAGAAGGGAGGAAUGGGAGAGGGAAAAACUCAGGGCGGAGGAGACGAGGAGGGAGGAGAUUGAACGAGCGAGACUGGCAAUGGCAGAAGAGGAGAGACGGAGACGGGUUGAAUUUGAGAGGGAAAGAAUGAAGGAAGAGGAGCAGAGGAGGGACGAGAUCGAGAGACUCAGGCUGAAGGUCGAACAAAACGAGAGGCAGAAACAGGAGGACCUGGAGAGGGAAAAACUGGAGAGGGAAAAACUGGAGGAAGAGGAGAGCAGGAGGGACGAAAUGGAAAGACUGCGGCUCAUGAUCAAAGAAGAGGAGCGACAGAGACGGGAGGAAAGGGAGCAGAGAAAACAGGAAUCCAGGGUGGCGCAAGCGCUCAAGGAGGAGGAGUCCAGGACCAGACGCAAGAUGGAGAUGAAAAUGCAACAACAAAAGGGGGGGUUGGAGAGACACAGGGGGGAGGCGCAAAGGGACUUCGGCGAAAAGACGGAGCCAAAUUUCAUCGGCUUUGACGCUAACGAUUUGCCUCAAACGCCGUACAAACCUUACGCGGAAACCGGCAUCGUUUACGACAACUUCUCGGUCAGCGAGCCCAAGCCUGUGGCGCCGGCGGAUGUCGGUCAUUUCGAUGACUUUUCGGUGAGGCCGACCCGAUGGGGGUCACAGAAAAAUGUGGAGGCAAUCACACGGGACGCAAGGGAAGACGCUCGGGUGGCUCCGGAUGGUGCCGCUCGAGAGAGAGUGCACAUGGAAGGGGCCUUUGGGGCCUUUGAGCCGAAAUCAACCUUCGUGCGCCCGGACGGCGAGGAGGACCACCGAGAGCAAGAGGAGGAGUCUCAAGAGCGGGAGCCGCAGAUCGAGUUGGCAAAAGGAGGCAAAUAUUACAAGUAUGAGGAUCCCGACAGCAGUUACCGUACACAUAGACAUGGUGAAGAAACGGAUGCUUUGAUCGACUUGGAGUCAGAGAGGCAGCAUGCAGCCUAUGAGUGGAGGUCUAAAACUGACAGGACUGCUUUUCAACCAAGUCCGAGGUCUUUGACUGAUCCAUUCGCUGAGGUCUCUGAUGAUCUUGAUGCAACUGAACUGGCGCAAUCUUGUUUCCCUGAGAUCUCCACCCCCCUCCUCAACACCAAGGCACAGAAAUCCAGGGCGGACUUGGGCAAGCAGCGCAUCCGAUCACGGCCAUCACGUUCCAGCCGUUCGCAACCAUCUACGAUAGAAACUCCGGACUGGAGGUCUUGUGACUCCACAGAUGGAGGGCAAAGGGAGUCUGACUCAGAGGAGGAACAGCCAAAACCAAGGUUCGCCCCUUCUCCUUCUGCCUCCCGAAAGGUCCCUGUGUUUCCUGGCGUCAGCCCAUUAACCCUCAUCGCUCAGAUGAAAAAGAGAGCAGAAGGGCGAGAGGAGACUGAAGACAACAAGGAAAGUCCAAAUGAUGAAGUGGUGCCACCUCCUUCCCCACUGCCCCGCCUUCCUCGCUCUGCUGCCCAGCUUGCCGGAGCCGCACGAGUACUUCCACCCAUAGGCGCCACAGAUGGAGGUGCGGUCUCUCCAGCUUGGCUGACAGAGCUGAAGUCUAAAAAGCGUAUCAGUCAACAUGAAGGGGAAUGGUAGCAGAGCUGCAGGUGGCAGGAACCACCGUGCUAAAGGGCAGAAUCCAUCCAUGUCAGAUGUUUGUGCUGAGAGACACCUCACCAAGGUGUAUAUUUGGCACUUGAGUGCCUUAUUUGUACAUUUGAGCCAGAUCUGAAAUAUGCAAAACGGAACGCAGGCCUUUUUGAAACGGAAUAUUUUCAGUCGUUGCAAACGAAUAGUCCCGGAAAUGAUUUGCCAAGGCUAUGUGACAUUUUAUAGUCAUGGCAAGUACAUGUUUGAACUAAUGCUGCAAAGUCAACCAGUGAUCGUCAACGGAAUGCAGAACAUGACAUCAAUUGCCAAUUUUUUUUCUAUUUUGUUCUUUGUUGCUGUCUGUUAUUGACCGUGGACUCAUGCCAUUCGGCCCGCCUCAGGAAAUCCAGAGUCACUCACAAGUUCUCAUCAAUGCAGAUCACCCCUUGUCUUUCGUUGAACAUAAUUUGAUCUUUCAUGGUAAACAUUUGCACUUUAAGAAAUGCGGUAAGAAAUAUGGUUAUGUACACCCUAUUUUUGCCUCUACACAUAAGUGAUCAGACAAUCAUUUUACUUAUAUUCAGAGUACAACAAAGUAAUCCAAACAUCUCAUGAUAACAUCAGCAAGCUGAAGAGGAAGGCUUUUAUGUUACCGCACCGUGUGAAUAUGUUUAUCGAAUUGAGAUUUUUUUUCUUUUUUUAUGUGCCUUUGUUUUCUAAUGAAAAAACAAUAACCAAACAAGUCAUUUAUUUACAUUUUGUUGCAAUUUAUUAAAAAGCUUUUCUAUGAAAUGUCAA